UCACAGCGUCUGCUUCCUUUAAUGGAAACAUCUACAUGGGUGUGAUGUCAGUGAGACCUGUGUCUCUGUCUUCACAUCUCAGACCUCGUCACUCAUGGAGGGCCGUCACGUUGUUCUGCUCCUGGUCUCAGCAGUGGUUUCCUUGAGUCCUGACUGUGUUUGUGGAUCAGAGUUGAAGGUGACGGUCAGACCAGGAGACAACAUCACUCUCUACUGUGACUGCAAAAGAUCAACUGGAGUUUACAUCAUGUGGUACAGGAACUGUUCUCACGAGAACCAGCCUUCACUCGUUCUGAAAGUAAGGAAUAUACUGAAUCAAAAUCUUCCUCCUAAUUUCCACUUUCUGAAGAACCAGUCCUCUGAAUCCUACGACCUGCUGAUCCUGAACAUCACUGAGUCAGAUGAAGGUCUUUACUACUGUGGAACUGAAGAAAUAAAAGUGGAGGAAAAGGAACACAUAACUUCUAGAUAUAUUUACUACAGCUACAGCAACAUCACAACAAGAAUCAUAUUCACCUCCAGUGACUCCGGUGACUCCAUCGGUCCACCCCAUGUUGAGCCUGGUGUAUCUUGGAUGAUGGUGUUCAGUCCAGCCAUCACGGUCCUCUCCACCUUCCUGUGCCUGACUUUUGUUUAUCUCUGCAGUCAGAAUGCAGAUGAAAAAGAUCAAAUGACUGAGAGAAGACCUGACAUGGGAGAGGAAAGUACAGUGAAUCAGGAUGAAGACGCAUGUUUCACCAGAGUUGUGUUCUUGUGUGUCGAUGGACGGAACAAAUAGAUUGGCUUUGUCUGAGCGGACAUCACACAAGCUCCACUUCAAACUUCUCACAAAGUCUUUAGAGUCCGAGUUUAAAGACCUGUUAUAUUUGUACACAGUGAUGAUGCGUUUUGGGAUGCAUAGUCAAAAUGGUGUCAGAAAGUCAGCUAGUGGUGUUGAAUUAACUGUUUGUUUGUUUGUUUUCUGGCUUCUUGCCUUCACUUGAUAAGACGGUGUAUAGAGUAGUAAACAGGAAAGAGAGAGGGGGGAAUGACAUGUGGUAAUGGAACCACAGGCCGGACCUGAACCACCCACCCAGAGGACCAGAGCUUCCAAACAUUCGGGGCAACCCAACCAGCAGGUCAGCUGUGGUCAUGAAUUAACAAUUGGGUCUUCAGCAGAUGUUCAGCAGAAGCAGCUUUUGAGGACCCUUGUUUACUAUCACAAUGACGUUAAUCAUCCUACUACGACGCUCGAUGGCCGAUUAGGAUCCAAUUUGUCAAUGUCUUCAGAGACAUAAACAUCAACAAAACAGAUAUUUUCAACAAGUAAACAAGUAAACAAGUAUCGUUAUUAUAGCAAAGAUUACUUUGACACGACUAAAAGUGACAGCAAGAGACCGCUGCCAGGCUUAGAACUGUGCAACCCAAUACAUGGCCUUCCUGGGCACCCACAGUGCUGCACUUUCAGGAGGAAGACUCAGAUUUCAUUUUAACUAGUUCACCACAAUGAAUUAAUUUUUUUAACAUUAAUCCCGUUUUAGUUUGCAUACUGUUUCCAAUUUAUUCAUCAUGUGUAACUAUGUUGUAACCAUUACUAAUGUACAUGUAUUCUUCCUUUAUGUUCACCAUCUAUUUGUAAUAAAGAUUCAC